AUGUCAGCUCCAGACCACAUCGCCAUCUCCCUGACAUCGCUUCCCGAGAGGGACACGAUGUUCACCCUGACAACACGCUCCAUUACCUUCCUCUCGAUCAACAACCCACAAGUCCGCCUCAAGGCCAUCGAGGCAGUCUUCGCCCCCGACGCUGUCUGGUUUGACUCGGAUGGCAGUGCGCACCACGGCCACGACGGCGUGCUUGCGCACUCGACCAUCGUGAUGAACCAGCAGGAUGGUACCGUCCACAGCCCCGCCGAAGACAUCAAGGUAUGCCAGAACAUGGCUACGUCGCGCUGGAGGGUCGUGCCAGAAGGGACUGAGGGGGACCCCAGGCAGGCGCCGUCUCAACUGGGUGGCAAUGUCAUUGUUGCGGAGGGCGCCAAGAUCAAGGUCUUGUGGUCGUAUCUCGACAAUUUCCAGCCACCGCUGAGGCCUUCGCCUGAAGGCUAG